AUGGCUGGGGGAUUUGCCGGUAUCUUUACUGAAAAACUUUCCGAAGAAAACUACGAUAAUUGGAAGGAAUGCUUGAAAAGCUAUUUUAUAGCGAAUGGUCUUUGGAAUGUAGUGACUGGAAAGGAAGCAAAACCUGAAGGAAGAUCUGAAGGUUAUAAGGAGUGGGUGAGGAAGAACGCCAUGGCUUUACAUGCAAUCCAAAUUUCUUGUGGGGGAGAUACAAUGUCAGAGCUCAGAGGAAAUGAAUCAGCCAAAUUUGAGUGGGAGCUUUUGGCAGAAAAAAUUCGAGUACCAUUGCCAAAUGGAAAAGUUGAGGUGAAGGAACAAGCAACAUCAACCAUCACAGAGUAUCGCACCUUAUCGAAGGCGGUAGAAGAAGGAGAUUGGGAAGCUACAAGAACUUUCCUUGAGAAAAAACCUGAUGCUUUAAGUGAAAAGAUUACAUUGAACGGUGACACUGUUCUUCAUGUUGCGGUUAUGGCUGGACAAACUGAGAUUCUGAAGAAAUUAUUGGCAUCAACAGGAGCGGACUUAGAGCUCAAAAAUGAUAUAGGGUAUACAGCGUUCUCAAUUGCAGCCAUCAAUGGAUUCAAAGAUAUGGUAGAGCCAAUGCUUGAAAGAGAUGAAAAUUUGGUUAAACUUAAGGAUGUUCAUGGCCUAAUUCCAAUUGUUGCGGCAUCGUUUUAUAGCUCGAAAGAGAUGGUACGUUAUCUUUACACGAAGACCCCACAUGAAAUGCUAAGUCCAGAAAAUACUGAUAGGAGUGGUGCCACUCUUCUCAAUUGUCUCAUCACCGAUGAGCUUUAUGAUGUGGCUUUACACCUAUUGGAAAGAUACCCAUCACUUGGUUUUGUGGAAGAUCUCCACAGAAACUAUGCCAUUAGAUUGUUGGCUCAUAAACGUUCUGCGUUCCCAAGUGGAAAUAGAUAUGUUUUUUGUAAACAAUGGAUUUAUUCAUGUAUGAGGGUGACUUCCACUCAGUAUGAGGAUGAAUAUCCACAAUCAAGUGAUGAGGAAAGCAAUAUAAGAAUUGAAUUAAAAACAAAUACUCAACAAGUGCUUCUCAAUAAAUUACGUAUGCUCCUUUGGAACUUAUUGACAUGGAUUGUCCCUGAUAUAGGUCACAUGUACAAUAGAAAAUCAAAACAUUAUGAAGCUCAAAAAUUUCUGAAAAGCAUAAUCAAGCACAUACCAUAUUUAAGCAAGGAACAGCUUGCAAAAAUUGGAUGGGAUGAAGCGAUAUCCGAUGCUAUAAGAAAUGGAAUAACUGAGUUCAUUGAUGAGGUGAUUGAAUCAACCCCAGAAAUCAUAUGGCGAAAAGAUAAGAAGGGAAGAACAAUUUUUUCCCAUGCAAUUGUGCAACGCCAAGAAAAUAUUUUCAGCCAUAUCUAUGGAUUGGGUGCAAAGAUGCGCAUUGCGAUCAUUCGACACGACAUCUUUCACAACAAUUUUCUGCAUUUAGCUGCAAAGUUAUCGCCUCCCUCUAGACUCGAUCGAAUUUCUGGGGCGGCUCUUCAAAUGCAAAGAGAGUUAGAAUGGUUUGAGGAGGUUAGUAGCAUCUUACCACCAAAAUACAUGGAAGAAGUGAACGAAAACAACAAGACACCUAGUGAAUUGUUCACUGAUGAACAUCAGGAAUUAAUGAAACAAGGAGAGAGCUGGAUGAAGAACACUGCAGCUUCAUGCAUGGUCGUUGCAACCCUAAUCGCCGCGGUUAUGUUCACCUCAGCUUUCACUGUUCCGGGCGGUAACGAUGAGCGAAGAGGAACCCCAAUUUUCUUGAAUAGCAAUGCAUUCUUGAUCUUCGUUAUUUCUAAUGCAAUAUCUUUAUUUGCUUCUUCUACUUCUGUGUUAGUGUUCCUGGGAAUCCUCACUUCUCGCUAUGCAGAAAAAGAUUUUCGGAAAUCCUUGCCUAGGAAACUUAUAGAUGGUCUUUUUACUCUCUUCUUUUCAAUAGUAACGAUGAUGGCAUGCUUUGGUGCUGCCAUUUUUUUGCUCCUACGAGAACGUUUGCAUUGGAUUGCCCUUCCCAUUAUUGUUCUUUCUUCAAUCCCAAUUGCUCUUUAUUCUUCAUUCCAAUUUCCCCUUCUUAUUGAGAUUCUUAUUUAUACAUAUGGAGGCGGUAUCUUUGACAGUGAAAGAAAGCGCCUAUAUGCUAGAAGUAAAGUGAUAUGAAAGGAAUUUCAUAUUUAUCUUAUGAGUAACCACAUCCAUAACCCAUUCUCACAAACUUUCUCUUACAAUCCUGAUGUGUCAUAUUGCACUUGGUCGGCCACAAUUUAUCAGGUAAGACUCAGGUGAGAUCCAUUGUGACCUAAUCAAUUGUAAGAUGUCAUGUCGAGAUUGUAAGAGAAAGUUUGUGAGAAGAGGUUGUGAAUAUAACAUUUUCCUUAUCUUAUUUUCACAUUUGUAUAU